AUGGAUCCAAUUAGCCAAGAAACUCAAGCAGAGAUUUCUUCGGAUGCUGUUGCUACUGAUAAUGUUACUAUAAAUGAGGAGCAGCCUCAACUUGUAGUGAGUGUUCCACCAACAAUAACAAUCAGUACAGAGAAUAACGAUGUUGAGGUUAUUAGUAACAACAAUGAGCAAGGAAGCGUACCGAGUUCUCCAACGCUACUAGUAGAAGUCUCAUCUUCGUCAAACACUCCAACAAUUUCAACUUCUGAUGCUAUGAACGUUUUGGUUGCAACUUCCACAGGCAACAUGGCCUCAAUUGCAUCAUCAAUGACGAGACAACUAACAGAGAAAAGUAUAGAGGAAGAUUCAAAUGAAGCAACUUGUGUGGAUAUGGAAACAUCUACAUUCGUUGAUGAUUAUUCAUCUGGCGAUGAAGAUGAUCAAAACAAAAAGAAAAAGAAAGAUGAUCCUAAAAAGUUUAACCUUGACGGAAUUAAUACAAUGAAAGGAAUCAUAAUGGAAGAAUGGAAAAAGUUUGGUUUUGCUGCUCAAACAAAACGAGAUGCUGAAAUGUGGGCACAAACACUUCAAUUUCCUGGAGUUCCCGAAAGAGGAGAGGUUCUUAGAAGAUUAUUUUCUGUGUUUAGAUGGGGUGGAUUGUGUUUUAGACAUAAGGCAAUUGCAUUUGAUAAAAAGAAGAGUGAUGACGAUUCAGAUUUUGUUUGGAAAAAUUGGUAUGAUGUUGGAUGGCCUAUUUGUACAGCUAUUUCUCAUGGUGGUAGAGUAAUUAUUCAAUUACCUAAGAAAACAGGAUCCGACAGAACAUAUGAUUAUUCAUUUUGGAAUUGGAUCAUUACAGGAUCUAAAACAGGGGAUGUUGCAAAGCAUGUGACAACAGGAACAUCUGGAGACCAUUGUAUAAAGCGAGGAAAGAUAAUAUUCAAGAGAUUGAGUGCUACGCAUGGUAUUGAUUUUGAAGAAAAUGAGUUACCUCUCAUGGAUGGAACAAGGAAGGUAUUAAUUGAACAAAAAACCACAGGUUUCAGUUUGAGAGACACCAAAAUGUUAAGAUCAGUUGAAUAUACAUUGAAACAUCACAGACAUUGGGGAAUGAAUAUUCCAAUUGGUGGUGAAGGGCAAACCUUACUUACAGGAAGUAAAUCUUAUGCAAAUGGAUCCAAUGGCCAUUUAUACAUUUAUCACAUGGCACCAAAAACUGACUCUUAUGGUGGUAUUAUGCUUGGGUUAGAAGGAAGCGAAUAUGGUAAAUAUGAUAUGUGUGGUGAAUACCACGGUGUGAGUGCCAAGUCAAGUGCAUUCUCACCCACACUCGGUUUCAAAUGGCAUUCCAAGGAACAUCUAGAUUUGACAACAGUGAAAGGCCCAGGUAAAUAUGAUUGUAUGUUUGUGGAUUUGUCAUAUGGUUGGGAUUUUAUUGUUGAAAAGUAUGAAAACGAAUGGAAGGAUGAUAUGGUCAAGCAAACAUCAUUACCUAAUCCAAACCAUCCACAGUUUACAGAAAUUUCAACAAAACUCAAUCUUUCUCCAAAAUUUAUUUCAUCCAUUGUAAAUUUGAGAAACACUGAGAGAGGAAGAAAAUGGAAAUCACUUGUAGACAAACGAUUAGAAAAGACAAGUAAUAAUUUUAAGGACAAAAUUACAAUAUCAAAGAAGAAAACCAAGUUUUACAAUUUUACAACAACCCGAGCAGCAAUCUCCUUCGCCAAUUUAUACGGGCAAUAA